AUGGCCUCUGUUAGUGAUGCAGAGGAUCUCGAACGCCAGGGCAACCCUGAUGAAAGCACGGCUCCACUGGCCCCUAAAGACAUACCAGACUUGCGACAGCGCGCGGGACAGGGAUGCUUUAUUUGCUUAGAAAGUCACAGCCAAGGUCAAUAUGCUGUUCUUGUCCCGUGCCUGCGACCAACAGAGUCUCGCCAGGUAAGGGAAAUUAGGAAAAACCCCGACAAGACAACAACCAGAUAUAAACCAAAUUCGCUCUGGGAUAGUGCUGGUGAGUCUGAUUGCGAGAUCUAUGAAAGAUUGCUGGACACGUGCUACCAGCAUCUUGGCCAUUGGAAGAGAUGGUUGCCUUAUUAUGGAAUUAUCAAGGUCACAGAGGUUAAUUUUCAAUUUGACGGUGUUGUUGAGUCAGAUGGACGCUACCCUAUUUACAUGGAAACCGCCAACCUUGAGAAUAUCUCGGAAAAAUGCAAGGAGGCUAUAGCAAGGCAUCCAACUGAUUCUUUUUUUGAUCUUGAUCAAAUAUGUCUAGACGAUCGUGAGCAUAGCGACAAGUGCCUUAUUGGUAUGCGGGAGUGGUCUGAACCAUGUAUUAAAGUUGAAGCAGAGAAGGCCGAGCAGCGUCUUAAACAGCUUCUAUUCUUGUCGCGUCUGACGGAUUGCGCUCGAAACCCCAUGGAAGCCAAUGGACUAGACAGUCUUAAGGGCAUGGCGCAAGACACCUGCAUCUAUGAAAUUAAAAUCUAA